AUUCGCAUAACACUGCCAUCUUUGUUUCUCACAAAACAUUGACUGAAGCCAAGUCGUCUUGGCGGGAGAUAAAAUUAUUUAGCAGCAGUUGUGUAUGAAUGAUAUUAACAAUGCGUAGUUAUUGUGGAGAAGCAAAAUAUUAAGGACAUAUUUCCAUUUGAAAGAUUUUCUGCAGAGGAUACUGCCAAUCUGCUGUGUUUGGGUAGAGAGAUUUAUUAACCAAUGUUUUCAGAAUGAGAAAAUAAAAUUGCAAAAUUUAACUGAGAGAAUGUAUCAGAAAGGGAGCAAACCUUACAAAUGUGAUAUUUGUGGCAAAGAUCUUACUACAAAAUCUAAUUUAGCUAUUCAUAGGCGCACUCAUACAGGGGAAAAGCCAUACCGCUGUGAAGUAUGUGAGAGGGCAUUCUCUGUAAAAGGAAAUUUAAGAGAACACAAACGUACACAUACAGGAGAGAAACCAUUUCACUGUGAAAUAUGUGGAAAAUCAUUUUCUGAUAAAGGUUACAUAAAGAUUCACAAACGUACACACACUGGAGAGAAACCAUACCACUGUGAAAUCUGUGGCAAAGCAUUUUCACAGUUUCAUAAUGUGAGAAGUCAUCAACUUAUUCACACUGGAGAAAAGCGAUUCAAUUGUGAAAUCUGUGGCAAGCCAUUUUCUCGACUUGGUAAUUUAAAAAGGCAUAAACGUACCCAUACUGGGGAGAAGCCAUACAGGUGUGAUGAUUGUGGGAAAGCUUUUUCUAAUUUGAGUGAAUGUGAAACACACAGAGGUGUACACUCAAAACCUUACCACUGUGAAAUCUGUGAUAAAGCAUUUUCUGUAAAAGUGUCUUUAACAAUACACAAACGUGUUCACACUGGAGAGAAACCAUAUCAUUGUGAAGUAUGUGGGAAAGGAUUUACAAGUAGUGGUACCUUAAUAAGGCAUAAACGUACUCACACAGGGGAAAAACGACACCACUGUGAAAUCUGUGGGAAAUCAUUUACUGAAAAAUUUAUUUUAACAUUACACAAACGAAUUCACACAGGAGAGAAACCAUAUCACUGUGAGGUUUGCGGAAAAGACUUUUCUGAUAGGUGCAGCUUAAAGAAACACAAUCGUAUUCAUACUGGAGAAAAACCACAUCACUGUGAAAUCUGUGGCAAAGCAUUUUCUCAAAAUGGGACUUUAAAAAGACACAGACGUAUUCACACAGGAGAGAAACCAUAUCGCUGUUUAAUAUGUGGAAAAAAAUUUUCACUGAAGCCAAACUUAACAGCUCAUACCCGUCUUCAUACUGGGGAAAAGCCACACUACUGUGAAAUCUGUGGAAAAGCAUUUUCUGAAAAAUCUGUCCUAUUAGUUCAUAAACGCACUCAUACUGGAGAAAAACCAUAUCAGUGUGAGGUUUGUGGGAAGAAAUUUGCCAAUACUGGCAGCUUGAAUGUACAUAAACGUACACACACUGGAGAGAAAUCACACCACUGUGAAAUCUGUGGCAAAACAUUUUCUGUAAAUGAUCAGUUAAAAAGACACAGACGUAUUCACACAGGAGAGAAACCAUAUCGCUGUUUAAUAUGUGGAAAAAAAUUUUCACUUCAGCCCAACUUAACAGUUCAUACCCGUCGUCAUACCGGGGAAAAGCCACACUACUGUGAAAUCUGUGGCAAAGCAUUUUCUGAAAAAUCUGUCCUAUUAGUUCAUAAACGCACUCAUACUGGAGAAAAACCAUAUCAGUGUGAAGUUUGUGGGAAGAAAUUUUCCAGUCAUGGCAACUUUAACGGACAUAAACGUACACACACUGGAGAGAAACCUCACCACUGUGAAAUCUGUGGCAAAGCAUUUUCUAACUUGAGAUGUUUAAUAAGACACAAGCGUAUUCAUACUGGGGAAAAACCAUACAGCUGUGUUAUUUGUGGGAAAUCAUUUAAUCGCAGUGAUUAUAUAUCAACUCAUAAAUGUACUUUUAAUGAUGGAGAUAAACCUUACCACUGACUUUUGUAGGAAAGUAUAGUAUAAAACCAUUUUGUUGUGAUAUUUGCAUUAAAGAAUUUAUGUAUAUGAAUGUUAUUAAAUUGCUAUAAAUGUUUA